AUGGCCUCUUCAUCCUUUCGUGACUCGAUGAAUUCGCUGGGCUGGAGCCGCAGAGAGCCCGCCGCUACGCCUGCAACGACGUCCGACUCGUCCACCCCGUUCCUUGGCAAGCUGCAAUCGCUCAAUCCCUUUGGACAAGGAGGCUAUGUCAGACUGCCUCUGUACGAGAAUGAGGCACCAGGUGCUCCGCUGCCUGCCCGCACCCGCCGCGAAGAAGAAGAAGGGUGGUUUGCGCGUACGUGCCUACGUUCCUUCUGA